AUGGCGGACCAGCCCGCUGAGGCGGCCCCGGCCCCCGCCGCCCCGGCCGCGGCCCCCGCCGCGCUGCCGCUGCCCGCGCCGGCCCCGCCGGGCGGCUCGCAGCGCCUCCUCUUCUCGCACGACCUGGUGUCGGGCCGCUACCGCGGCUCGGUGCGCUUCGGCCUGGUGCGCCUCAUCCACGGCGAGGACUCCGACUCGGAGGAGGAGGAGGGCGGCGGCCGCGGCACCGGCGGCGCCGCCAGCUCGGGCGGCUCCGAGUCGGGCGGCCCCGGGGGCGGCGGCACCGAGGAGGGCCGCGCCAGCCCGCUGCGGCGGGGCUACGUGCGGGUGCAGUGGUACCCGGAGGGCAUCAAGCAGCACGUCAAGGAGACCAAGCUGAAGCUUGAAGAUCGCUCUGUAGUCCCUCGAGAUGUGGUCAGACACAUGAGCUCCAUUGACAGCCAAUGUGGGACUGUAAUUGAUGUCAACAUAGAGUGUGCUGUGAAGCUGGUAGGAACCAACUGUAUCCUCUACCCUGUCAACAGCAAAGACCUGCAACACAUAUGGCCGUUCAUGUAUGGUGACUACAUAGCCUAUGACUGCUGGCUGGGCAAGGUCUAUGACUUGAAGAACCAGGUUAUCCUCAAGCUUUCCAAUGGAGCCAGGUGUUCUAUGAGCACAGAAGAUGGAUCCAAGCUCUAUGAUGUUUGCCCUCAUGUCAGCGACUCGGGUCUUUUCUUUGAUGAUUCAUAUGGCUUUUAUCCUGGACAAGUCCUCAUCGGGCCUUCUAAAGUCUUUUCCAGUGUGCAGUGGCUCUCGGGUGUGAAGCCUGUUCUGAGCACAAAAAGCAAGUUCAGAGUGGUGGUAGAAGAGGUACAGGUGGUAGAGCUAAAGGUUACUUGGAUCACCAAAAGUUUCUGUCCUGGAGGUACUGACAGUGUGAGCCCUCCACCCUCAGUAAUCAGUCAGGAGAACCUGUCCAGGGUAAAGCGGCUGGGGUGCUUUGACCAUGCACAAAGACAGCUUGGGGAAAGGUGCCUCUAUGUGUUCCCUGACAAAGUGGAACCUGCAAAAAUCACCUGUGAAUGCCCGGAGAGGAACUGUGUCCUGGGUGAGGGAUCAGUCGCCAAAAAGGUGAGGAGGCUGCUGAAGAAACAGAUAGUGAAGAUCAUGUCAUGCUCUCCAGAGUCUCAAGCUACCAGUGAAGCCCCUGACAAAGAGUCUGCUGUAGCUGCUGACCAAAAAUCAGAGGAACUUAAGCCUGGAUCAAAGACUGAGCAGGAGGACACUUCCACCAGUGCAGCGAGUGUCGGGGAGAAAAAGGAAGAGCAACCUGAAGAAACAGGGAAGGAUAAGGGGGGAGCAGCAGUGCGACAACAGCAGCCGCCCUUCCUGCUGAAAGAUGAUGGGUCGUCUGACUACCGACUUCAGUCCAUGGAGCAAGAUGCCGAUGACGAGGCAGCCGAUGACACAGAUGACACUAGCUCUGUCACCUCUUCUGCUAGCUCCACUGCCUCAUCCCAGAGCGGCAGUGGCACGGGGCGCAAGAAGAGCAUUCCUCUUUCCAUCAAAAACUUGAAGCGGAAGCACAAGAAGAAGAAGACCAAGAUUUCACGAGAGUUUAAGCCAGGAGACAGGGUUGCUGUUGAAGUGGUGACCACUAUGACUUCAGCUGAUGUGAUGUGGCAGGAUGGCACCGUGGAGACAAACAUUCGCUCCAACGAGCUGAUUCCAGUACAUCAUCUGGACAACAAUGAGUUCUGCCCUGGGGAUUUUGUGGUGGACAAAAGAGCUCAGAGUUCCCAGGAUCCUGGCGUGUAUGGGGUAGUGCAGUCUGGUGAUCAUAUUGGCCGAACCUGCAUGGUGAAGUGGUUCAAGUUGAAACCCACUGGAGAUGAUGUGGAGCUGAUCGGGGAGGAGGAGGACGUGAGUGUGUAUGAUAUUGCUGAUCACCCAGACUUCCGCUUCCGCACUACUGACAUUGUGAUUCGCAUUGGCAACUCGGAGGGAGCCGCAGCUAAGGAAGAUGAGCCCUCAGUUGGACAGGUGGCUCGUGUGGAUGUCAGCAGUAAAGUGGAAGUGGUGUGGGCUGAUAAUUCCAAGACCAUCAUUCUGCCUCAGCACUUAUACAACAUUGAAUCGGAGAUUGAGGAGUCAGACUAUGAUUCUGUCGAUGGCAGUACCAGUGGGGCAUCCUCUGAGUGGGAGGAUGAAAGCGACAGCUGGGAGACAGACAAUGGCCUCAUGGAAGAUGACCACCCAAAAAUUGAGGAUUUGGAGCCAGAGGAGCCAGCAGCAGAAGAGGUGAAAAAAGUAGAAGAACAAGUCCAGGGAGCUGUGGCUAUGGCAGUUGCAGAUCUUGCUGCAGAGAAAGCUGGUAAGGACGGAGCCCCAAAGAGCUUCCGGGAGCUAAAAGAGGCCAUCAAGAUCCUGGAAAGCCUAAAAAAUAUGACUGUGGAGCAGCUGCUGACUGGCUCUCCCACCUCCCCAACUGUGGAGCUGGAAAAACCCACUCGGGAAAAGAAGUUCUUGGAUGACAUUAAAAAGCUACAGGAAAAUCUAAAGAAAACAUUGGAUAAUGUGGCUAUUGCAGAGGAGGAAAAGAUGGAAGCCAUGGUGGAGACGGAGAAGAAGGAAGAAAAAGCAGAGGCCCAGACACCAGUGAGGUCGGAGUGGCCCAGUGAGACACCAGUGCUCUGUCAGCAGAGUGGGGGCAAGCCUGGGGUCACCUUUACCAGUGCCAAGGGAGAGGUCUUCUCUGUGCUGGAGUAUGCUCCAGAUACCCAUGCCUUCAAGAAAAUGGAGUUCCAGCCCCCAGAAGCAAAGAAGUUCUUUAGCACUGUGCGGAAAGAGAUGGCUCUCUUGGCCACCUCACUGCCUGAUGGCAUCAUGGUCAAAACCUUUGAGGACCGAAUGGAUCUCUUCUCAGCACUUAUAAAAGGGCCCACACGCACACCCUAUGAAGAUGGCCUCUUUCUCUUCGAUAUCCAGCUCCCCAACAUCUACCCUGCUGUCCCACCUCUCUUCCGCUACCUCUCCCAGUGCAGUGGGAGACUGAAUCCCAACCUAUACGACAAUGGCAAAGUGUGCGUCAGCCUCCUGGGGACGUGGAUAGGCAAGGGGACAGAAAGGUGGACUAGUAAAUCCAGUCUCCUUCAAGUACUCAUCUCCAUCCAAGGUCUUAUCCUAGUGAACGAGCCUUAUUACAACGAGGCGGGGUUUGACAGUGACCGUGGCCUUCAGGAGGGCUAUGAGAACAGCCGCUGCUACAAUGAAAUGACCCUGAUCCGGGUGGUGCAGUCAAUGAUGCAGCUGCUGCGCAGGCCAGUGGAAGUCUUUGAGCACGAAAUCCGCGAGCAUUUUCGCUGCAACGGUUGGCGCCUGGUGUCCCGCAUUGAGUCCUGGCUGGAGACGAACGAGCUGGUAGAGCGGAGCCACGAACAGGCAAACGGGGCAGAUUCCACCUCCCUCCUUUCAGCUUGCGGCACCCUGUCUGAGAGCCCAGGAGACAAUGCGGAGUUACUGGGGGAGUACGGCAGCUCUUCGGAGCAAGGGGCGGCAGCCGAGUUUUCCGACUCAGCGCUCGAUGGGAAGGAGGAGCUGGAUGAGUCAGAGUUCACAACCUCGACACCCGGCGCCAGUGAUCUCCACCAGUACUCAGACUCGGAGAGCACAGGCCAAGCCAGGGAGGUAGACCUGGCCAGAGACCGAACGGACGAGGGGAAGGCUGCCCAGGACUCUGCCUUGCAGCCUAGUGUGAAACCAAAGAAAAGGAGGAAGAGCUACAGGAGUUUCCUUCCAGAGAAGAGUGGUUACCCUGACAUUGGGUUCCCCCUCUUCCCUUUGUCCAAGGGGUUCAUUAAAAGCAUCCGUGGUGUCUUGCAGCAGUACCGGGCUGCCUUAGUAGGGGCCAAUAUCCCAGAGUGGACAGAGGACAAAUAAACCAUCAGAUUAGGGACAGGCAGGUGCAGGGGAGAAGGGAAAGCAGCAGAAAGGAAUUGGCAAAUGCUGUUACCAGUAAACUGGCUUCUCCUUCCAGCUUUUCUUCCUCAGCUUGGUUUGUUCCAAAGAAGUUGGUAGGCCUGAUUGCUCCUCCAAGGAAAGGUUGUCUAAGCAUGAAUAACUCUUUGCCCCCAGCCCUUCUUCCCUCCCCCCGUCCUAUGUACGUGCUCCUCUUGCGAGUUUGAUUCUGCAAUGGUAAGAUUUGAGACCUGCACAGAAACAGUCUUGCAGCCACAUUCCCUCUGCACUUUCAUCUUGGGGUACCUUUCCACACACAGACUCUUCCCACCCAGCGCUACACCCAACAGUUUGCUAUGUUGGGGUUCAGGCCAGGAGAAGUGAUUGGUGUAGUAUCUGCAGAUGAAGGGCAAUGCCCUCCUGAUAUUUCUUUUUUUUUUUUUUUUCUGCAUUACCAUGGGUUUUAUAAAGUCUACCCCAGCUAAUAUGUACUUAGACAUGGGAUUGUGUUUGCAUUGAAGUUGUCUUCACCAUACAGAGUUGCCGUAGUCUUAGUUGUUCACCGAUAGCUACAAGGUUCUUUGAUCAGGAUUUGAUGCACAGAACCAGAGCUCUGUGCUGGUACUUGUUCAGCCCUGGUAGUGCUGCAGGGUUUCCAUCUAGUUCUGUGUCUUCUGGUCUUUCUUCUGGAAGCAAUUCUAGGCAUCCCCACUUCUUAUUCUCCAAAGUAAGGCAAAUUUCCCUUUCCUUGCCAUGCAUGCCUGUCUUCUAGAAAUACAUGGGAUUCAGGGUUCUGCCCUUGGUAUUUGCUUAGGUAUCUGAAUCUUUCAUUCCCAGCCAUCCUGGCUGUCACACAGCACUGCAGGUACCCCUGGAUCUCAGUCUCACCUGGGUGAUCUUGCGUGUGUUAUAGAUCUAGCAGCUAGUCUGGAUGGUGAACUUGGUAUGGCUGCUGCUUCUCCACGAUUUGGCUGUAGAUGGAUAUUCUGGAGCUGUUUGAGCCAGGGUUGCUGAAGGGAAAGGAUCUGUUGUGUUGUGACUAAGUCCUAUUGUAGCAGCAACAUUUUGUGACCAUUUCUGUGCUGUUACUCAGCUAGUAACUGGAGCACAUCAGACGCUGGUGUGGACUGUUAUCAAUUCCUUCCCUUGCAUGCCGUUUCCUAUGAUGGCUCGAAUCCCCUGUGACAGGUAGCGCUGUGGAUACAGCACAUAACAUCCUUAAUCUCGACUGCAGUGCUGUGAUGCCACUAUAGGAAAUGGCUGGCAAGAUCAGCCCAUGUUUCAGCAGCAAGGAAGCUGUCUGAGCUGGUGACCUUGAGCACUUUGAAGCAGUGACUUAUCAGAGCCAGUGUCUCCUAGUCAGGACACCUUGCUGAAGCCUCUUUUUCUGUGUGUGCAUGCACUUACUGUCACUUCUGGAGCUGAGAGAUCAUACUCCAGCACUGCUGCAUUUGCCCAGUGCUUAGGCGUUGGAGAAGCACCCACUCGGCACCCAUGUGGAGCACAGUCUGUGUCACAGGGAGAGUUGGUUUGUCCUUCCAGCCGGCACAGGGAAGCUGGUGAUGCCAGGCUUUGCUGGAGAGGAAUCAGGCUGAUAAUUCAGCUCUACCAGAAGUAAGGAUGGAGACAAAACUCCUCUUUACUCUAGCUCAGCAGUGCCUGUGUUCCCCUCCCUUCACCCAGGUCUCCUCAUUAUGAAACUGAGAGCAGCAGCAGUCUAAUCCCACUGUGUUUACAAAGUGUUUUCUGCUACUUGAAGGGCCAGGAUCUGAACUCACUGGCCUAAAUCCCUCCUCCUCCACCCAGGUCUCUGCGCCUGGUAUCUUCAGCUGCCCCUACCGUGCUCUAGAGCCAGCCUGCCUGCACACAAGCCCUAGUGCGUGACCAACUGCUGCCAGGAUUUCACAGGGUUCAUGCCGCUCCCAGCACUCUGGAGGAAGCAGGACUUGGCUGUGAACGAAGACCGGGCCCGCAGAGCUCUUGAAGCGUUGGCCUGCGGGUGGAUCGCCUGCACAGCAGCUCGGGCCCUGCUCCAGCGCCCCGGGAGCCCUCUGUGUCUGGCAAGCAGGCGGUCUGGGCCGCGUGGCAAGCCCCAAUCUGGGGUGCUGAGAGAUGCUUGGAGCCGCGGGCAGCAUGAAUUGAACAUGUAGCUCAUGGCUUCUCCCUGGCUGUCGCUGAUGCUCAGUGAAUGAAUCGCUUUGUGAGCGAGAAAGGGGCUCCAAAAAAAAAGGACUGAGCGGGCAGGAGUGUGUGGUGGCUGUUUCAGGGCAAGGGAAGGGAAAGGCAGUCGGAGAGGCUUGUUCCACGAAUGAUUAAACCUCUUACUGGACAUCAUCACAGCGGGUGACCUGUAGGCGCUGAAUUCCUCUGCCCGCUGGGUUUCCCCCGACGGGCUGCCGUGUCCUUCCGCCCCCUCCAAGCGCGGGGAGGGAGACGGCGCGGGCCGCUCUUGGCGUGAGGGGGGAGAAAUCCCGCUAGGGCCAGUGCGUGGCUGGGUGGGGAGAUGGAGGUGGUGCUGUUUCCUGCUUCCCCCACCCGUUACUCUCUGCAGUUCUCUCAUCUCACAGGAAAGCGGUGGGCAAGGGCUGGCGCUGGCAGCAAGGCAGCAGGGGAAGGUCAGGCUGCCAACCCGCCGGGGAGGAGGGCAGGGACCCGGCGCUGCUGCCGCCGGGAGCCCCUCGUGCCGGCUGUGCCCGGCAGUUCCUCCCCUUCACCCGUGAAGUUUUUGUUUCCUCUGAUCGUAACCAAGAGCUUUUGCACAGGUUCCUGGGGCUUCCUACUGAGGAGAUGUUUAUUGGCCUUCUGGAAGGGGACGUGCUGUUCCCUGGCUGCCGCUACCUAUAGCAUCGCUCGCUCUCCGUAGCUGGCUGUCCCAAACCGAAGCGUGCACAGAGGUUUACAAAUUUUCUAAGCUUUUGAUAAUGUGAAGCUCCUGGGUGAUGAGGUUGGUGGUGAGCACACUGCAGCUAUGUAAUUUUUUGUGUAUGUAUGUAAUAUUUAAGGAUAACAAAAUUUAAAAGGCUAAAACCUUAAAAAAAAAAAUUAAAAACACACAAAAAAAAAAGCCAAAGCAUGAUGCAUAUUGUUAGCCUUAAAACUGGCUACAUGACUGUGUGAUGUAUAAAUAAGAACAGCCUGUAACUGUUUUAAGUGCUGGGGUUGGGGAAGAAGCAUAACAAAAUCAGUUUGUAGCCUUGAUUCUGUACAGUAUUUAAAUGAAAAAAAAAAAAAGACCUGACUAUUGAGGCCAUGCUUAGAGGUGUGUUGUUCACGUGCAGAUGUGGAUGCUUGGUUGCUUACAAUAUAUGUAUAAAGUGCUGUGUGACGAUUAAAACUUUUUUUACCUGCAGAAUUUUUUUUUUUGUUUGGCUAACCAAGGUGUAAUAAAGGAGGGAAGAUGACUUGCCAUUAAAUUUUGCCUCUGUGAGUA